ACAAUGCCAUUCCUCUCUCUGACUCUGAGCCGAAAAGGCUUCCUUCCUUCCAACGCCUUUGUCUCCUCCCCUCCCGCCCCUACCACUUCCUUCCGCCGCUGAACUACAACUCCCAGAAGCACUUCGGGUGUCGGCCCGGGUCUGAAAGUGAAAACAAACUUUAAGGACUGCCCGUUUCAGUGGAAACUACACAUGUUUCGUUUCUCUUUUGUUUCUUCUCGCGUAACUCAGUGAUGUGCUGGAGGCGCCGCCGUGACCCAGCCCCCGAAAGGAAGAAGCGCUGAGCGCCCUGGGCUUGGCUGGACGCCGGGAGCUCGGCGAAGGCCAAGAAGCGGCUGCCACCGGCUCGGGCGGUGAAAGUGGAAUCUCUCGCAGGGAGUCCCCCAUGCGACCUGCAAACGUGAGUCCGGUAGCAGCUACCGCCUUGGCAACUGCACCUCCGCCUUUCCUCUCUGGAUAACGUGCCCGAGUGGUUUGCUUAAAUAGGUGUUUUUUUCCCGUGUCUCUCUCUAUUUUAACCACGUGGGGCUAAUGGGAGUGAAGUGAGUUCUCUGCAACCUUAAGCAAUAAAUAAAUAUGGAGGCUGCUAGUAAGCCAGGCGGCGGGGAGCAGCUGCCGCCGAGGAGCAACGGCGUGGAGGCUUCUGCGGACUCUGCGAUGGACAACUACUUGCGAUCUCAGGGACUAUACCGCAAGCGAGUUGCAAAGGACGGAUCUUGCCUUUUUAGAGCCGUGGCCGAGCAGGUUUUCCACUCUCAGUCUCAGCAUCUUGACAUUAGGAUGGCCUGCAUAAAUUACCUGUGGAAAAACAGAGAGAAGUUUGAAGCGUUUAUAGAGGGACCAUUUGAAGAAUAUUUGAAAACUCUAGAAAAUCCACAGGAAUGGGUUGGACAAGUGGAAAUAAGUGCCCUUUCUCUUAUGUACAAGAAAGAUUUUAUAAUAUAUCAGGAACCAAACAGCACUCCUUCACAUGUAACUGAAAAUGGCUUUCCUGACAAGGUAUUGCUAUGUUUUUCAAAUGGAAGUCAUUAUGAUAUUGUAUACCCUGUACAAUAUACUCUCAGUGCUGCUCUCUGCCAAUCUAUUCUGUAUGAAAUCCUGUAUGAGAAAGUGUUCGGUGUUGAUGUAAGUAAAACCUUAGAAGAAUUGAACCCUCCUGAUGUGACCAGGGAUGGUGAUGGAAACAGUGAAGCAUCUGAUCUGGAGGAUGAUGAUGUAGAAAAUGAAAUCACUUCAGUGAGCAAUUCAAAUGGAUUGAAGCCUCUUGUGAGUAAGAAGCAGUUUCACAAAAAUGGAAAACCCACCUCCACUACCUUGUCAAGAAACAUUCUUAGAUCACUCAAUCCGUUGGUUUACCAAAAUAUUGAAUAUGAAGUCUGGCAGCAAUCAAAACGAGAACAGCAAAAACAAGAUUUUUCUAUUGCUGCUGGCAUGCAAUACUCGGUUGGAGAUAAAUGUAAAGUGCGUUUAGAGCCCAGUGGAAAAUUUUAUAAUGCUCACAUCCAAGAGGUCCAGUCUGCGAAUGGGCCCAUUGUUGUCUUUGUGGAAGAGCUCGGUGCCAAGCAUUCAGUCUUCUUGAAGAACCUUAAACCCCUGCCACAGGCAUCUCCUGUGGAAAGCUGGAGCACUGUGCCGGGGAAGAAGAUAAAAAGACCCACUCCAGCGCAUGGGCAAAAUCAGACUGAUGCAGAAUGCAGAGGGUCAAAGAAUCCAAACAAACCAAUAAAAACUCCGUCAGCGCUGCCUCCUCGGCUGCAGGGAACAAGGCAACAUCAUGUGUCCGGUCCUGGGAUGCAUUCCCAGCAAAUCUCUCCUGAACACAAAAGCUUAUGCAGAAAUUCCUCGCAGCCUGCAAGAAAGGUGGAUCGUGAGAGAACAGAAGAUUUUGACCAUACAAAUAAGGAUUGUGACUACUUUGGCCUUUCUCCAAAGGAAAGCCAAGAGAAACAGGCUGAAGAGGAAACGCGUUCAUAUUAUGAGAUUCAGUUUGGGGAUGAAGAAGCCUUCCCUGCGCUUUCUAAUCCAUCCAUCUCUCAGGUAGCUACUCAGACCUCUGAUAAUGGUGGACGGAGGAAACUCCUAGAGAGAAGAAGCAGCAGUCUGAAAGAAGAGAAGGAAGAGAGAAAAGACGUGGAAGCCAAAGAGGAGAAAGACUCGAAUCCCAGGCAGACCCUCUUGGAUCAGAAGCUUGACCCCAAAAUAUGUGAGAACAAUGGGGAAGAUCCCAGAGAUCCCAGCACGUCUCCUCCCUCAAGUCAUGGGGAUGCACAGUCCCAGCCUGUUGAAGAAAAUUUGAAGGAAAGCUUGCAAGAUGUAAACUCCACUCCGUCUCCCGUCUUUCCUGAGAUGCAUUUGCCUCCCACAGUGCCUUCUAUACCCACCAUUGUGCCAGCCUGGCCAAGUGAGCCAGCUUAUGGACCAACAGGUGUCACACCCCAAAUGCCAGUCUCAACAGUGAUACCAACUCCAGUAUCUGGUCUAGAUUCCUCUCUGUCCCAGACCCAGGUGACAUCCAGUCCAGUUGCUGCCAUUCCUGUACCUCUCCAAGCAGUUAACCAGCCUUUAAUGCCUAUGCCUCAAACACUGAAUCCUUACCAGGACCCACUGUACCCUGGAUUCCCUCUGAAUGAAAAGGGGGAGCGAGUCAUGACACCUCCUUACUCCUUGUGCAGCACGGGGGAGGAUCUACCAAAUGACAAAAAUAUUUUAAGAUUUUUCUUCAAUCUUGGUGUAAAGGCAUACAGCUGUCCCAUGUGGGCUCCACACACUUACUUGUACCCUCUACAUCAGGCUUGCCUAACAGCUUGUAGAAUGUACCCAAAGGUGCCAGUUCCAGUCUAUUCUCCCAACCCUUGGCUGCAAGAGGUACCUUUGACUCAGAACGGCCAUGAAGCUGCACAGACAGAUGGACACUUUCCUAUGCAGAAUGAAGUUAGAAUGAAUGGGCAGAGUCCACAGAUGGACGCCAUGUCUCCAGCUGUGUCCUUGUUCAUUCCUACUGCUCAGGUGCCUGAAAGCCAAGGACUUGUCUGUGUAGAAUCAGAGAACCCUCUCCAAGCGCUUCAUGCUGAAUAUGACGAGUCACUGGGAGGGAAAAGUGUGUUUCAACAACCUCCUCCAUUUGGGCAGAAUCCGUUUUUGGGACCUGUUCCUGUUGCACCUCUCUUUCCUCACCUUUGGUAUGGGUAUCCUGUUCAGGGCUACGUAGAAAACUCAGUGGUGAGACAAGUUGCUGUGCCGCUUGAGGAGAAGAGGGCUGAUGCAUACUUGCCGAAGGAGCGCAGUUCUCCUGUUUCAGCAGCAGGCUCUGUCGAGUCGCUUCAGAAGGCCAAGAGUGAAAGCAACGUCCAAGGCCUACCUCUCCCUGUAACUACUGCAAAAAGUGAAUGUAAUGCCCUAAACAAAACCUCAACCAGAGUGCCUAGGGAGAAGCAGGCUUGUACUGCUGCCCUGCCUGUUCCACAAGCAAAGUCUGUCCUCCCAAAUCCUUCCAUAGAGCCCCAGAUCACUAAGAAGCAGGUGGUAGCAUCAGCAGUGAGAGACUUACCAAAAACUGAAUUGAAAAAUGCUGCUCUUAGCCAUAAGGAGAAUACAGACAAAGCUGGUGCUGCCAGCAAUGUGUCAACAGGCUUGGGGGAACGCAGGGUGCAGAAGCCACGGGAAGAGAGUUCUGAAGAUGAGUGUGAAGUGUCUGAUAUGCUGAGAAGUGGCCGGUCAAAGCAGUUCUAUAAUCAAACGUAUGGAAGUGGUAGAAGACCUAGAAGUGACUGGAGCUACCCUUCUGGGAGAGGGGGAUACCACUACCCAAGAAAUGAGGAAUCCUGGAAGGGGCCCUUCCCCAGAAACAGAGAUGAGGGCUACCACCAUAACCGCACUUACAGAGGCAGGCCAUAUCGGCAGGAGAGAAGAAGAGCAAAUAUGGGGGAUGGUCAGCGGGGGCAGCAGUUGUCUUAAGAGUAGCUUCACUCAAGGACUUCCACCACGCAUACUAAAUGCUAAUGGAGCUAAAAUGCCCAAAGGCUUCCACUCUUUCUGCUUUCCUUAAAGACCAGAAUGCCCUUUUUUAUACUGUCAGUGAAGUGAGGCGAGGGAAAUAAUCUCCCAAGUGUUAUAACUUUUUGGCAGUUAAAUGCUUUGUUUUGGCUUAUUUAAAUUCUAAAGAUUAUAUAGCUACUGUGUUUAAAAUACAAAAAUGCAAAUUUUGUGUUGAGCUUUAUUUUUCCCCUUAGAAGAUUUGAGUUUGUGGUAGAACAAAAACAAACAAAUAUGGCUACAAUGAAAACACUGCAGUGGAGUAUUUGACACAUUACAAUGAAGAAUGUUGCACCAAAUAGAAUGUCUAUCCUAGCAUACUGUAUCUUGAGUCUAAGCUGUGCUUCAAGAACUCUUGGCUUCCUGGACUGUUGAUGUGCUUCCGAUCCAAAGGCCUUCAUCUCAAAACCUUGUGAAACUUGAAUGUGUGAUUGUGUGUUUGCUUCUAUGAAAUAUCACAGAUGUUAGUUAACUAUCUUUUUGUCUUAGAUGCUUUAUAGUGUUUUAUUCACAGGGGUAUAUUUUUUAAUUUUAUAAAGCAUUUCUUGAAUUAGUCAAAGCAAUCAAGAAUACCUGUGUGUAAACUGAUAGGAAAUUCAGUCCAGUGGUGAAUUCCAGACAGUCUUAACACUGGUAUGACUGUAAUGGUGCCUAUGCCAACUAUGUAUAUAAAUCAAAAGUAGAUGCUGUGCAUUUUCAAAAUAGUUUUGCAUCUGUUACAAUAGAACUUUUGCACUGACAAAUCCCUAAAUACUUGGUUUAAGAUACAUAAUCUUUAAGUUGCAUCUGUAUAUAUAUGUUCCAGGUUUUUUUUUUUUUUAAGGUGUAGGUAAUGAGUUACUUUAGCCUUUGAGACUGGUUGUUGUGUAUAUUAAACACACCUUGCUGUAAGUUUUUAAAGUAUGAUUAUCUAUCUUAUGGAAUAGGGAGACUUCUACCUUACUUUAAUACUGUCGGAUUGCUUUCUUCAUCCAGCCUUGCAAAGCACUGCAAUAUACUCAUUUUGCUCUAUAAAAUACAGCUGUAUAUAUUUGUCUGUAUAUAUCAAUGUAAAAGGUUACUUUUUAUUCAUGUCCAAGAGACUGAGUGAGACUAUUUGAAUUCCCUUCAGCUGCCUGUUACCUACUUCAAAUUAAAGUUUGCCCUACUGAA